AUGCGCGAUUCUAUCUCCAAGACCGGCGCAGGUGGUGCAAAGCCAGGUGGAUCGGGGCCAGACCCAAAUCAAGUCUGGAAUAAAAACCGACCCGUUCAAGCGCCGCCACCACAAAAGCAUUUGACUGAUGAAGAAUUGAAACAACAAUAUGGUAUCCACAUGACUUCUAGAAUUCAAGAAGACUCUGGCGGGACUGAAUCCAAAUGGGCGGACAUCGAUGAUGACGAAGAUGACUGGGCUCCCGAGACUAUCGAAUGGGGAGAUGGAACAAAGGUUCAAAUCAAUCCACCACCAGACCACCCGUCAUUGCCAGAGGAAAGCCCCCAAGCGCCAACGGAAGUGCCAGAGCAAGAAUUAGUGGCUCAAGAGGCACCUAGAAUAGUUGCACCUAAGCCAACCACCUCUGUGGGGCCAAACCCGACUGUACUCCGGAUUGGAGCAAGUGCCGAGCGGCAGGCCAAGGCCGCAAGUAUUUCAUCAAGAGGAACAAAUGACCGAAUGCCCUCAGGCUCGACAAGUCCAGCUCCCCCACCAGCCAAGUCUCCCUGGGCAGCACUGCCUCCCGUGGAAAGAGUGUCUCCAGUCAACUCGUCCUUGCAACCACCUCCUCCAGUACCGCAAUCUCGAGGCCAUGCCAAUUACUCCCACCGAGAAGAUGGUCACCAUCCCGCAUUACCUCCUCAGGAGAUUGCGGCUGAUGAUUUUAACCGCACUUGGAGAGAAACAACUUCAGGGGCGCCUCGAGAAUUAUACAAUUCUCGAUCUGGUCGAUAUGAGCCAGUGGCAGAUAAUAGAAGACCUUCGUGGCGCCAGGAUCAGGGCCCUCGGCCUCCUGCUGUGCUGCAGCGAUCUGGGCAUGAUGAACAUGCUGGCCCUGCAGAACCGUCAGCGGCAUUCCAGACACAUCGAUCUAGCCACCAGGAUGGCAUGCGUCGCCGUACAUCGUCGAAUGUGAGUGGUGGAAGUGGAAGCUUUGGCCGUCGUCCAUCUUUCGGCCGAGAUAUGCCUCCCCCAAGAUACAAUGAUGCUCGCAGAGGCUCCUAUGCAAAUGGCAUGGUCGACCCAGCGUUAUUGCCAGUGAGUCGUGAGCCAGGGCAUGUUCGUGAGGUUUCUCCAAAUCGCCAGCGUGCCGGAUCAGGCUUCGCUGCACCUCCAUCAGUGAGUGUAGGUAGUGAAUCCUCGCCCGUUGAGAAUCAACCAGCUCCAAUUGUAGCACCAGAAGUGCCACAGGAAGACCCGCUGGUUCUACAAGAGCGUAUCAUGAAGGAGAAGCGACUGGAAGCUAGACAGCGCCGACAAGAGCAGGAGGAGCAAGAAAGGCUAGCCAAGGAAGAGAGAAUUCGUCAGAAGCUUGCGGCAUUGGGACCAGCCCCAGAUAAAAAACGCAAGGAUAGUAUCGAGAGUCGCAAGCCUCAGGUGUCAGCUACAGACUCGUCUCCCACUGCAGUUAUAACUUCACCCCCCAAGCCUCCUGUUCCAGAACCUUCUGGUGAACCCAAGCAAUACGGGAUGAUGAAAGUCCAUCAUCCGGACUCAGUGAAGAAAUUCAUCGCAGCAAACGAAAGGGAUCGUGCCUCUGAAAAGCAAGCUGAUAGGACUUCUCCUCACACGCGUCGUGUUACUACCACUUCCCACCACGAUUCAUCACAACAACACCACCACCCCGCACCCCCUCCUUCUUCCUCCACCAACCACCCAUCUGAACCUCGACCUUCAGACGCCAUAGUUGAUGAGCAAGACUCCCAGCAGCGAGGGAAUUUGAACAUUUCCAAUUCUUUCGCUCCUUGGUCGACUGGCCCUAACCUUGCUUCCACGCCCCCAACAGUGAAUAACUUGUGGAAGCCCAUGAUCGGUGACCGCACCCUUGGGAACGGUAUUUUUGACCCAAGCCUUGGUGGGUUCUCUUCCCGAGAGAUCAAUCUACGCAAUCAAAUUCCCGCCAUGCCUGCUGCCCAGUCCUUCCCUCCCCAGGAGGCAGCUCCGAUUCCUUCUUUGCCAUCACCUGAGACCAGACAUGUCUCUUACGACCCCCUCAGUCCCAUCGGCCGCCCUGGCCCGAUAGGCCCCCCUAGCUCUCAACCCCAGUUGAAGAAUGAUCGCCUCAACUCUUGGAACAACUUUGGUAUCACUGCCAGAAAAAGUGAAGCCGAAGCAAACCAGAAAUACCGACAGGAGUUCAACGAAGCUCAAAAGCUGCGACAGGAAAACCAGCGUGACCAACCUAAGCCGCCCUCAAAAGGCAGCGUAUGGAGGAAGGUUGUGGUUGGUGAGGAUGGAUCACGACGCAUAGUCUCCGAGACUACAAACGGUGACUCUAAGUCUCCCACUCAAGCUGCCCUUGAGCCUGCUGUUGAGCCUGCGGUUAAAACCGCGGUUGAACCUGCUGUGGAGCCCACUGCAAGACCUGGUCAUACAUGGAAGCAAAUCCGAGUUGGAGAAGAUGGCGUCAGACGCCAUGUUGCUGUUCACCACGUCCCCGGUACUCAAACUUCGAAACCCGCUCAGACACCCACAAAUCCGUUGAAUGGCCUUGAGCCCCCUGCAGAUGGUCUCUCCUUCGCGGAAGGACCUGCACGUCCCAUCACAAAUAUGCCUGCACGCAGUUCACGAUUUUUCCCAAAUGUGACUGAGCAACCUAAACGGUUCGGAGUGGAACACCUCGAGGUGCAGCGAAGCCCAUCUCCACCUCCUCCAGAAGAAUAUUCCCAUCCGGUCUACUCUAAUGGGUCCGCCCGACCAUUGGUGCACUUCCCUCCUGCGAAGCCCGUUGUUAAGCUGCCACCAAAGGCUAUGCCUGCUGCGCCUGCCCCUCCGCGCACAUUCGCCUCUAUGGCCGCGGCACCUCCGCAGGCUAGCCCCAUUCCGGCACCUAGCUCGGCAGCAAUUUCCUGGCAAGAUAAAUUCAACGGUCUCUUUGGAAAGAAAACUCCUCCAGAGAAGAAGAGUGUCCUGGCCGUCGCUUCUGCUACUAAAGAACCUCUUGAUGUUCAGCUGCCAGCUGCAUCGGUUUCAGUCUCUUUCCCCAACCGUCGAGUUGAAAUUGAAAGCACUUUGCAGACUGGUGAUGGAGACCUUGCAGCUCGUCAAGUAGCUGAAGAAGAAGCAAUCUUUGAGGAUCGUGAACCAGGCUCGCAGCCUGGCGUUCGAGUCCCGAACAUGGCCCCUGCUGCUGCCUGGCAUGCCCCAGCUCCUCCGCCGCCCUCCCGAGUGCGACAAAAGAACGUGAAACCGAUGCGAGUGCACAGCAUUGACAUAUACUGGGUCGGAUCUGGGGAGAGAGAUCCCCAGGGAAAUACUCGCGUUUCUGUACGACUUCCUGGCCAAGAAACAAGCCAGACUCUACUCAUGCCUCGGAAGAUUGGUCAAAACCGCCACCGUAACCCAUCCCAACCGAAGACUGCUCGCAAGCCCCUCAAGCGACCCCGCGACGUGUCCGGUGGAUCUACCUGGAACAAGAAGCCCUCUUCGUCUCAGCAAAGCAGUGUCGCAACUACUUCAUCUCGCCACCAGUCGCGGAAUGCGUCUUGGGGUCCCCGCAACCAGAGUGGCUCGCAGUAA